AUGGAGGAGGUGAUGGAGGAGGUGAUGGAGGAGGUGAUGGAGGAGGUGAUGGAGGAGGUGAUGGAGGAGGUGAUGGAGGAGGUGGUGGAGGAGGUGAUGGAGGAGGUGGUGGAGGAGGUGGUGGAGGAGGUGGUGGAGGAGGUGAUGGAGGAGGUGGUGGAGGAGGUGGUGGAGGAGGAGGUGAUGGAGGAGGUGGUGGAGGAGGUGGUGGAGGAGGUGAUGGAGGAGGUGAUGGAGGAGGUGGUGGAGGAGGUGGUGGAGGAGGUGCUGGAGGAGGUGGUAGAGGAGGUGGUGGAGGAGGUGAUGGAGGAGGUGAUGGAGGAGGUGGUGGAGGAGGUGAUGGAGGAGGUGAUGGAGGAGGUGAUGGAGGAGGUGAUGGAGGAGGUGAUGGAGGAGGUGGUGGAGGAGGUGAUGGAGGAGGUGAUGGAGGAGGUGGUGGAGGAGGUGAUGGAGGAGGUGAUGGAGGAGGUGGUAGAGGAGGUGGUGGAGGAGGUGAUGGAGGAGGUGAUGGAGGAGGUGGUAGAGGAGGUGGUGGAGGAGGUGAUGGAGGAGGUGAUGGAGGAGGUGGUGGAGGAGGUGAUGGAGGAGGUGAUGGAGGAGGUGAUGGAGGAGGUGAUGGAGGAGGUGAUGGAGGUGGUGGAGGAGGUGGUGGAGGAGGUGAUGGAGGAGGUGAUGGAGGAGGUGAUGGAGGAGGUGGUGGAGGAGCAGAACCCCAAAUCUUUGCUCCCUCCACCCUCGGCUGAGACCAUCGGCCAAUCCCAGACCCUCCUCUCUCAGUCUCUCCUCUUCACCUACAAUAUCCCAGCCUCCUCUCCUCCUCCUCCACAAGCCACUGCUGCUGCGCACGCCAAUGGGAGGCGCGCUCAGGGCAGAGGGGGCUUCUCCCAUCAUCCCCCGCUGGAGGCACGGAGGCAGGAGAAGUGUCAUGGAGCGCAGACUGGGGGAGGUUUUGCUCAGCAUUGUCUCCUCCCUCUCCCCACCCUCUCCUCCACCCUCCCCCACUCUCCCCCCUCAGCUGUAGACGAGGCGGCCGGAGGAACGAGAGCGGGACAGUCACACACUGUGGGCCGAGAGCCGCCACCGUCCGUCACUGGAGGAAUAGAUUUGAAAGAGUGUAAAACCAGCUGCUCGGCCGGCUCCUUCUGUGAUGGGUUCGGUUCCCUCUGGACGUCUGAUGGAUGUGAGCGCUGGACAGCCAUUACAAAUGAGUUCCACGGCCUCUGCUCCGACCCGGGACGCUGCGGUCUCCUGUCUUCGCUUUUAUCGUUACCAUCGGAGUACGUGUUUAGUGUGCAAAGAAAAAUGUUAAUCCCAGUUAAAUUUGGUGAAGUCCAAAAGUACAUCGCACUGGUUCCAAGUGAUGAUGGCUGUAGCGACUUUGACACGUUCCAUCAGAAAGUCACAGAGAAGCUCGGCCUUCCACUUGGAACACAGCUGCACUUGACGGAUGAAACGGGCACAGAAGUGGAGGCAGAUGUGUUUGGGGAGCUUUUGGAGAGAAGUAACAUCACAAUCAACAUGGUGCUGAAUGCAAUACAGUCAAAAGCAGAAGGACAAGGUCUCAUGGAGGAGUAUUACCAAUCAAAGAAAAUAUCAGAGAAAAAAAGCAUCGUCAUUGUGAAUCAGGUUGUGGCAAAAAUGAUGGAGGAUUAUGGGGGCUGUCCACCAGUCCCUGUUCGGAUCAUGUAUGCUCUCGGAAUAGUGACACUGUUCCCGUGCCUGAGGGAUCCGUUUUCAGAGACAGGAUAUGAGCAUUUUUAUGAUCCAGUAGGCACCACAGGAUUCCUUGAUACACCGGGUCUGAUAGAACAAGACUUCGCAAUGAUGUUUGGGGAGGAGGUUUCUAACCGAUUCCUGUCCAAGUGGCCCACUUUCUUUAAAAAUCGGGUCCUGGAGGAGUGUGAGGGCUUGUAUUGCAGUGAUCGUGUGGAUGCACUUUUAACUGAAGAUGUACACCUGCUCCCAAAGGCAUCAAGAAAAGUGCUAAAAUUAGCGCUGCACAAGCAAUCAAAAAGCUUGUGCAAUACUUACAGAUUGGUGUCAGCAUCGAAGUCUUCCUUGCUGGACUUGAGCCUGGACAGCCUCUUCUACUCUGCGUGGGUCAAUCAAAAAAGUUCUACAUAA